CUCCCAGCAGGUGUUGGUCUCAGCGUCUUUACUGACUCCCAGUUUCUGGCAGAUCAGUAUUUUCUGUCUGGGGUUGUGUACGUUUGAAAUAAGACUAUUUCUGAGGGUGAAAAUUGUAAGGAGUAACUAAAAGAGCUGAACAUUUAUAUAGUAAGGAUUAUAGAAGGUAAGAUGCCUACUGUGACCAAGUAACCAGUUAAGGUGCAGGUCCUCUCAACACUGAACAGAUUAUGCAGUCACAGAAACAGUAUGAGUUAUUUUAAGAUCUGUUAGAGCAGAAGUGGACGCUUAAAAAAUAAAAUGCGUAAUUCUAUACCACAUGUUGAAACUAGAACUUUGUAAAACGUAAUCUAACGUGGAAACUUACUCAGAAAAUCUGACUCUAAACCUAAAACUUAAAAUUAAUUACCCCAACAUCUGUAAUCUCCUACAAUCAUAAACUCAUACUGAGAUGUGGUGAGGUCCCUUGUAGGGCCUGUGUUAAAAAAAAUUAAUACCUAACGCAAGUGUCAAAUUCAUGGUCCUUUAGAAGCUUCUUGAUUUCAUCACAUGAGUCCUGAAUAGAAAAAAAAUCUCCUUUUUAAAUUGAAGUUUAAAGAUUUGGGGGUAAAAUUUUAAGUCUCAGAAUUGAUGGAAGAUUAUUUUUAUUUUAAAUUACGUGUAUAGGAGUUCCCAUUGUGGCUCAGUGGGUUAAGAACCUGAUGUAAUCUCUGUGGGGAUGUGGGUUCCAUCCCUGGAAUCGCCCAAUGGCUCAAGGACUGGCUGGCUGUUGUAGAUGCAUUGCAGAUAUGCUUAAGUCCCGUGUUACUGCGCCAGUGGUGUAGACCUGCAGCUGCAGCUCCCAUUCCACCCCUGGCCCAGGAACUUCCAUAUGCCACAUGUGCAGCUAUGAAAAGAAAAAAAAAAAUUUUUUUUUUUUUUUGGUAAAAUGAUCAUUGCUAAUGCAUUUAUUCCACAGUGAAUUCUUAAGGACCAUCUAUUAUGUGCCCGGCCCUGUUCUGGGUUGUUGGAGUAUAUUAGUGAGCAAAAAGUCCUUGCUGCUUCUACAGGGAGUGUGAUAAACAACUGAACGUAUAAUAUGCCAGAUUUAUGACAGAGUCCAGUUUUUAGCAAUGCUGAGAUCACAUGACUCCUUGUGUUCUUUGGAUAAUUUAUUUUUUGAAAAAACAGAUGAAGCUGAAAAAUACCCAGACAAUGAAAAAUCAUUAGAUUGGUUUCUCCCACCUGCUCCAUUGAUUUCAGAAAUUCCAGAUACUCAAGCAUUAGAGGAAGACAUGCAAAGUCAUAAACUGUUAGGUCAGAAAAAGAGGUCAAAAAUGUUAACAUCCAAUUUAAAGAUAACUAAUGAAGACACAAGUUAUACUUCACCAACACAAAAAUUCCAGUGUGCUUUCCCUUCUAAUAAAUACGAAGAAGGCGAUCUAAAUUUAGUAGGGGCAGGUAGCAAUGACUUACAUGUUGCUGGCAAGCUGACUUAUGGUUCUCCUCAGAAGUACAAAAGUCACAUUGGCCCUGAGAUAGCACUUGAGAAAAAUGUUCCAGAUGAUGCGAAAGUAGUUAAUUUUGCAUACGAUAAAGGAGAGAGCACAUCGGCCUUCCGAAAAAGAUUAUUUAAAAUAUCUGAUAGUAUACAUGGGAAUGCUUGUUCUAAUGACAUUGCAAACUUGGACUCUGAUAUUGGCUCAGCGAAGAUUGCCCAAAUGGAAAUGAGCGAAGGGAAAUCGUGGAAAUGGAACAAUAGUAAUCAGAAACCUCAAUAUUCAGAAAUUAACAUGUUUACAGCCAGUGAUACUUUUUCUGCUUCUAAAAUCAGAGAAGGCAUAUUCAAAGCACCAUCUUUUUCAGUUGCAUCCCAGCCUCAUGAAGUUCAAGGGAUAAUAGAAAAUGGUUUAGAUUCCUUGAAGGCUGUCACAGAAAUCCCGGCAAAAUUUAGAAGUGUUUUCAAAGAAUUCCCAUAUUUCAACUAUAUCCAGUCUAAAGCCUUUGAUGAUCUUCUUUAUACAGAUAGGAAUGUUGUGGUUUGUGCUCCAACUGGUUCUGGGAAAACUGUAAUGUUUGAACUAGCUAUAACAAGAUUGUUAAUGGAAGUACCAUUGCCAUGGUCAAACAUUAAAAUUGUUUACAUGGCACCAAUAAAAGCCCUGUGCAGUCAGCGUUUUGAUGACUGGAAAGAAAAAUUUGGACCAAUAGGAUUGAAUUGUAAAGAACUCACGGGAGAUACAGUCAUGGAUGACCUGUUUGAGAUUCAGCAUGCCCAUAUUAUUAUGACAACUCCAGAAAAAUGGGAUAGCAUGACUAGAAAAUGGAGAGACAACUCUUUGGUCCAACUGGUUCGACUGUUUCUCAUUGAUGAGGUACAUGUUGUAAAAGAUGAAAAUCGUGGACCAACUCUUGAAGUUGUUGUCAGCAGGAUGAAAACUGUGCAGUUUUUAUCUCAUGCUGUGGAAAAUCCCAGAAAUAUUAUUCCAAUGAGAUUUGUAGCUGUAUCUGCAACAAUUCCAAAUGCUGAGGAUAUUGCAGAAUGGCUUUCAGAUGGUGAAAGAUCCGCUAUCUGUCUGAAAAUGGAUGAGAAACAUAGACCAGUGAAGCUUCGGAAAGUGGUCCUUGGUUUUCCCUGCAGUAAUAACCAAACUGAAUUUAAGUUUGAUUUAACCCUCAACUACAAAAUUGCCAGUGUUGUACAAACGUACUCCGAUCAGAAACCCACACUUGUGUUUUGUGCAACAAGGAAAGGUGUACAACAGGCUGCUUCCAUUCUUGUGAAAGAUGCCAAGUUUAUUAUGACGGUGGAACAGAAACAGAGGUUACAUAAAUGUGCAUAUUCCAUAAGAGAUUCAAAAUUGAGAGAUCUCUUAAUACACGGUGUUGCUUAUCAUCAUGCUGGCAUGGAGCUGUCAGAUAGAAAAGUAGUCGAAGGAGCUUUUACUGUUGGAGAUCUACCAGUUCUUUUUACUACUAGUACCUUAGCUAUGGGAGUAAAUUUGCCUGCUCAUCUAGUAGUUAUCAAAUCUACAAUGCAUUAUGCUGGAGGGAUGUUUGAAGAGUACAGUGAAACAGAUAUUCUACAGAUGAUUGGUAGAGCUGGUCGACCUCAAUUUGACACUACAGCAACUGCAGUUAUUAUGACUCGGUUAAGUACAAAAGAGAAGUAUAUUCAGAUGCUGGCUUGUAGUGACACUGUAGAAAGCAGUUUGCACAGACAUCUUAUUGAGCAUUUAAAUGCAGAGAUAGUGUUGCAUACCAUCACAGAUGUCAACAUUGCUUUGGAAUGGAUACGAUCAACCUUGCUGUAUAUCAGAGCCUUGAAGAAUCCGUCUCACUAUGGUUUUGCAUCUGGAUUGAACAAAGAUGGAAUUGAAUCAAAAUUACAAGAAUUGUGUUUGAAGAAUUUGAAUGAUUUAUCAUCUCUGGACUUGAUAAAGAUGGAUGAAGAUAUUAAUUUCAAGCCAACUGAGGCAGGAAGAUUGAUGGCUUGGUACUAUGUUACAUUUGAGACAGUGAAGAAAUUUUGUACAAUCAGUGGAAAAGAAACUUUAUCAGAUCUGGUCACAAUGAUAGCCAGCUGCAAGGAAUUUCUAGAUGUACAAUUAAGGAUAAAUGAAAAGAAAACACUGAAUACUUUGAACAAAGAUCCAAAUCGGAUAACUAUCAGAUUUCCAAUGGAAGGAAAAAUUAAAACAAGAGAAAUGAAAGUAAAUUGUCUUAUUCAGGCUCAGCUAGGAUGCAUUCCCAUACAAGACUUUGCUUUGACACAAGAUACCUCAAAGAUUUUCAGGAAUGGCUCACGAAUUACGAGAUGGUUAUCAGAUUUUGUGGCUGUUCAAGAAAAGUUUGCUGUGCUUUUGAACAGUUUGAUUUUAGCUAAAUGUUUUAGAUGUAAACUUUGGGAAAACUCUCUGCAUGUAUCCAAACAACUGGAAAAAAUCGGUAUAACAUUAUCAAAUGCUAUGGUAAAUGCAGGUUUGACUUCCUUUAAAAAAAUAGAAGAAACAGAUGCAAGGGAGCUUGAACUGAUUUUAAAUAGACAUCCCCCUUUUGGAACUCAGAUAAAAGAAACAGUGAUGUGUCUGCCAAAAUACGAACUUGAAGUGGAACAGAUUGCAAGAUACAGUGAUACCACGGCAGAAGUUUUAGUGACUGUUAUAUUAAGAAACUUCGAACCACUGCAAACUAAAAGAACAGCACCAGAUUCUCACUAUGUUACCUUAAUCAUAGGCGAUGCAGAUAAUCAGCUGAUUUUUAAGCAUAAAAUUAUGGAUUCUGUUUUGCUGAAAUCUGGAAAUUGGGCUAAAAAGAUCGAUGUGAAGAGAGCUCUGAAAUCUGAAGAUCUUAGCAUAAAUCUCAUUAGUUCUGAGUAUGUUGGACUUGAUAUUCAGCAGAAAUUUACAGUCUUUUACUUAGGACCCAAGAGAUUUGGAAAUCAAAUAAUUAUGCAAAAAAAAUCAGAAACAGAGAUCUUCCAUUCUAAACGUUCAGAUGGAUCUCCUGUAGCAGGUCCCAUUAAAGGAAUGACUGCCUGCAGAAAGCCUGGGCACCGAGAGUGUAACCAUCACUGUAAAAAGAAACACACGUGUGGACAUGACUGCUGUAAAACUGGAGUUGCCCAGAAGCCAGAAAUGAAAGAGUCAACAAUUUCUUCUUAUUUAUCUGAUUUAAGAAACAGGAAUGCAGUUUCAUCUCUUCCUCCAGUUAAACGUCUAAAGAUGCAGAUGAAUAAAUCUCAAAGUGUGGACCUUAAAGAGUUUGGUUUUACUCCACAACCUUCUCUUCCCAGUCUGUCAAGGUCAGAAUGUUUAAACAUACCUAAAUUGCCUGUAAUGGAGCAGAGGGGUCAGCACGAGCUCUAUGCAGAAGGUCAACAACAAGAACCACCGGGAUAUCAGGACAAAGGUUUUUCCAGACAGACCUCUUCUACAACCUCAAAUGAGAAAACCCCUCAAACAACACUGUUCAACAGAAAUAUUAAGGCAACUGGAAACCAGAAUUUGACAGCUGUGGUUAAAAGUAAUUCUUCCUAUUCAGAAGUUUUGAAUGUGAACUUUGAAUUGGGAAAUGAAGUUUGGGAUGAUUUUGAUGAUGAAAACUUAAUAGAAAUUGCUAGCUUUUCAGCUGAUACUGAAAAGACAAAAGCAGGAUUUGGAAACACUUUGAGUUCAAGUGCCAGGGAAAAUAAGCUACCCUUCCAAGAAUCAAAAAGCAAAUUCCAAAGAAAAAUGUCAAACAGUUUUGUUUCAUCACAUGAGAAGCCAGAUAUUUAUUUACCAAAUUCUGCUCUGUCCAGGAUCGGUGCAUCCUCCAUGACAAAAAUACCUCAACCAGCUGGAAAUGUCCCUUUCCAAGAAGUAAAACAACAGAAUCUGUCACCAGAGAUUGAAAAGCUAUGCUUUGCUCACUCUGAAAAAAUAUCAAGCUUUUCAAAUUCUGUUACGCAAGUGGAUUGCUUUAUUAGAAACAGUGAAUAUAAAAAGCAACCUGACUUCAGUAAGUUAUAUUUCUUGCCUCGUCAUAAGAAACAAUAUGGAUUAUACGUUAAAUAUACAAGCUGCCAGACUUCAUCCCAGAGCUCCUGAUUCAGUCUCCAGUGGACAGAACUGGUAAUUCUAUAGUUUUUAAAAGCACUCCAGAUUAUUCUAUAAUCAGGGCGAUUUUAGAAACACUUGGGUAGAUAAUAGGUUCUCUUUAUAAGUAAUUAAAACAAGAGGCAAAUUUUGUAAAAGUGCUUACCUGGAAAAUUAUGUGUAUAUUAAAUAUAUGUAACUCAAAACCCUGUUACAUAUACUGACCACUUAAAGGAGUAUAGUUGCUGAGUGUUCUUUCCAUGAAGUGAAUAAUAACUCUCAGGUUUCCUAUUUUGUGAGUUAUGUUCAAAAUAUGUUGGCUUUAUUUAUUCCUACAGAAUGAGCCAUACAGUAGAACUUUCACAAAAAUCUUUGUUGGGUUAGGAGUUCCCAUUGUGGCUCAGGGGUAACGAACCUGACUAGUAUCCGUGAGGAUGUGGGU